AUGUCCUACCAGAUUGCCGGCCGUGCUAUCAAGAACGAGUACCUCGCUCUCGGUACCAUCAUCUCCACCAUCGGUAUCGCCAUGGCCGCCACUGGCGGUGACAAGGCUGCUGCCCCUGCCAGCUCUGCCCCCGUCGCUGUUAGCGAUGACAAGACUAUCACUGGCGAGACCCCCGAGGAGGAGGACUUGUGA